AUGCUUGGAGUUAUAUUUUCAGACAAUAUGACGUGGACAGAUCACAUUGAAGAUUUAUAUAAGUCCUUAGGAUCGGCGACAGGAGCUUUGUCACGAUAUCAACACAUCCUUCCAUGUAAUGCGAAACUUGAAAUUUAUCAUGCCCUAUUCACUUCACACAUAAAUUACUGCGCGCCCGUAUGGCGCACGACCACAGCAGGAAACAUACACGCCAUCCUUGUUCUUCAAAAGGAAGCUCUUCGAUAUGGUGCUAGUGUGCCAAGCUUACAAACAACCGCACAAUUGUACACACAUUAUGGUAUAAUAAGCGUAAAACAUAUUUAUGCAUUUUGUUUAUUGCAUUUUUUAUUCGUGUCAAAAGAAAGUUUCAGAGCAUUUUUAAAAAGGACACCUGACAUAUCGAAACAAAGAAGGGACCCUCGCACCCGCAACUGUGACAGGUGGUUAGUGCCGCGCCGGUGCACUUUAUGCUUCUCGCAGUCGCUGACAUAUAACUUACCUUUUAUUUUAAACAUGUAUCUAGAACAAAAUAUUAGCUUUGAUACAUUUACUAGUAACAAAUGCGAGAAUUUUUCGGAGACAAUGAAUGAUAAUACAUUAGUCUCUAUCUUGCAUGCGGAAGUUUUGGUGUUCAAACCUCUAUUGUACUUUUUCCUACAAAAUAAGCCAUCUGGGAAAAUUUGA